UGCGGUACAGAUUACGACGUGCUUACAUUACUAUUACUUAUAGUUAAAAUAAUCAGAUUUUGGACGUCAUGUAUUUGGACAGUUAGAUCUAAGCACAUAUUAUUUCUUCAGAGUUCAAUAAAUUAGAACCAGUUUACUUUAUCUUGUUUUCUGUUGGAAGUAUGGAGUUUUAACGGCAACAAUGCAAUCGAGAUUUAACGGGUGAAUAGUUUGAUAUUCUCCAUUCUGGAACAUAUGGAGUUGUGUGAGUCUGUUGGUGAACUAUCUGGUAGUCCAGAACAUUUACUGCUUAGAAUAUUCAGUCAGAAACCGAUAUGCAUAAGGUUUUCUACAGAGGAAUCUUUAUCCUUAUGCUUUCUAAAACUGAAAAUCUUGCUUACUUCGGCUGUUUUUGUUCAUGAUUCCGUAUGCUUAUCGGCGAAUUCGACCAAGGAGCAUUCCUCUAAAAUGAUUGACUCCUUUAGAAAGCUAAAAGACAACAUAAAUUUGGCAGCACUCAUAGUAUUUUUCAGUCUUGAUAAUAACACUUGUGAUCACACUCCAACUCUACAGAUUUCUCAUCAUUCAUUUGGCUACUCCCAUCGUAUACCGAUAGAUUUGAUUUGCAAUUUCAGCAAUAAUGAAUUAAUGCACAGAGCUCUGUGUACAAAAUUAUCUUCAUUUUUGGACAGCUACCAUCGCGCUCUUCUGUUUCUUUGGAGAGAAUUAAAAUUCCCUCCGAAAACAUUAUUGUCUUAUCAUUACGUUGUUCGGUCUUCUAUGUACAGUAUACGUCUCCCGUGGAGGAUCGAAGAACCACGUGAAGGAAUUUGGCGGAGGAUCAUUCAUGAAAAAUUCAGUCUUCCACUGGAUACUCCACUCGUCCGACGAGGUCAGGCUUUACAUCCAGUACCUAGAAUAGUCACUUGGCUUGGUCCGUCCUCUGAACUUCUUGUGUGUCCUCAUGAAGCCGUUAAACAACCGCCUAAUAUAGGUCAAACCUACAUCGUUACAGGUCGGUAUACUUAUAAGCAUUAUCUUCAGGAUGGAGUAGAUGACCGGAAUUGGGGUUGUGCAUAUCGAUCGCUCCAAACACUAGUAUCUUGGCUUAUGUGGCAAGGUGAAAUAACUCCAGGCCCAAUACCAUCUCUCAGAGAUAUUCAAGCUUCCAUUGUACGUUUUGGGGAUAAGCCAAAAAGUUUUAUCGGUAGUUGUCAGUGGAUUGGCUCGCUAGAGGUGAGUUACUGUUUGCAAGAGUUAUACAACAUUCAGUGUCGGCUUUUGCACAUCCCACAAGGACAUCAGAUGAACCAGCUAGCAGCACAUGCUCUUGCACAGCAUUUCAUUUCCGGUGGGGGACCAGUUAUGGUUGGUGGUGGCCAAUUAGCUCAUACAAUUAUUGGUGUUCAAUUAUGUGAAUCAACAUUAAACGGUACUGAAUCUUCGUCAUAUCGCUAUUUAAUUCUGGAUCCUCAUUAUACUGGCCCCUUUGGAAAUAUUAAGCUUAUUACCGAAAAAGGUUGGUGUGGGUGGAAACUUCAAAGUUUUUGGAAAUCCAACGUUCAUUAUAAUCUUUGUCUUUUACCAGUUAGGAAAAGUAGUUGUGUAUGAUCUGAUUUUCCAAGUACAUAUUUUUUGUACUAAUUUCAUUUUCAUACCAAGCUUAUUUCCCAUGUAAUUUAUUUUUUGUAAUAAAAUAAUCCAAGUUCUUAACAUUCCUUCCUAAUAAGGGUUUAUUAAUUUCUUUCAUAAUGCUUUAUUACUGAUCUAAUUAUUGUAUAAUUAGUCCAUCAAAUUAUCCAAAGGUGUUACACCGUAAUACUAAUGAAGUAUCGGUUUUUACAUUUAUUACAUGUAUGACACAUUUAUUUAUGAAUUAUAUCAGUAUUGGAUUCAA